CAGAGCUGCAGUGUGUGGGGUACACAGUAGCGAGCAGCCAUGAAGCAGAUCGUGGCCACUCGGCUCGUUGAGAUCCCGGACGAUGUCAAGUUUGAGAUCAAGGCCAGGAAAGUGAGGGUGAAGGGCCCCAGAGGCACAUUGGUACGGGAUUUCAAGCACCUUGCGGUGGACAUGUACCUGAUUGAGGAGGAGGGACAGAAGCAGCUGAAGGUGGAGGCCCACUUCGGCAAGAGGAAAGCCCUGGCAGCCAUUCGUACCUGCUGCUCACACGUGCAGAACCUGAUCAAGGGAGUCAAGAUCGGGUUUGAGUACAAGAUGCGGCUGGUGUACGCCCAUUUCCCCAUCUCCGUCAACAUUGAGAACGAGGGCACCAAGGUGGAGAUCAGGAACUUCCUAGGCGAGAAGCGCGUGCGCAUCGUCGAUCUCCUGCCAGGUGUCAAGGUGGAGCGGUCGUCCGUGAAGGACGAGUUGGUGCUCAGCGGCAACGACAUUGAGCUGGUGUCCAAGAGCUGCGCGCUGCUCAACUACCAGUGCCACGUGCGCAACAAGGAUAUCCGGAAGUUCCUCGACGGCUGCUACAUCUCUGAGCGCGGCAACGUUGUCAAGCCCGAGAACUGAGCGCCCUUUCUGGGGGUUUGCGAGGCUUGCAGGGGUCAUUAAGAUCCCUCAAAACCCCUGAACCCUGAGUCUAAGCGCCUGCAGCCGGCUGCGGCGGCAGUUUAACUCCUGUCUUGAGCGCCAUAAGUGACAGCACAUACAACUCACCCUUUCGGGGUAUGUGUUUUUACAUGCCCUGCUUGGCAAUUGCUUAGUGUCUUGACAGGCACAGGGCCGGAGUGCUUUUGCUGCUCAGCUGUAUCAAUACGGCCAGUCUUAGAUGACUGCGUCACGAGGACAUGGCAGCGGCAGUUGUCAGGGUGUCUAUCUGCCACAGUAGCUGUCCUGAAACAAGAUUGAUCCACUUCAGGACUGCACUUUCACGCCUCAAUCUUAUGAAAGUGCGGGGAGAUGUAGGCAUUUUGCAGUGACGGCAGAACUAUCUCUGUAAAGUUGCCUGACAUUUAC